ACAAAUUAUAACAAGGGUUCAGUUUUAGAUUCUUACUCAAGAUACGUAACACCAGCAGCAUUUAAGGCUAUUGAAACUCAAUAUUUAAGCUGUGAUGUAAUACAGUUUUUGGAUUUAAACAUUCCCGACUACUUUGAAUUUUUAUUACAUGGCGAAACUAUUAAGGCAAUAUCGGAUGAAUGUGGCUGUAACUUUUAUACAGACAGAAAGCUGCCAUGCAAGCACAUUUUUGCUUAUCAAAAAAUUAGGAAAAUGCCACUAUUUGAUGAAACACUUGUACAUCAGAAAUACUUAAAAAGUUAUUAUACAAACAAUACUACUUCAAAUAAUAUAUCGCUUGACGUAAAUAAUUUUGAUGCUGUAAAUUUAGAUUAUGUAGGAAUGUCUGUGAUAAACACCAAUACUACCAUUUAUACACAACAACAAAAAUUUAAAGAGAUGCAAUAUAUUUUUUGUCGCUUAGCAACUGUAAUUUCUGAACAAGGUACUAACCAAUACCACAAAACAAGGGACCAAAUUAAACUUCUUGUUGAAUUAAUUAACAACCAUAAAGAAUUUCUAAUAGUAGAAAAUAUUCGACAAAACGUAGAUGAAAGCAUAAUAAGAGAGCAGAACUUUAGUACUGAAAAGUGUGCUAACCAUGAAGGUGAAGAAAAGAAUGAAAAUAUAGAAGCAAAUAGUAAUAAUACAGAGAAACUGAAUGAAACCAAAGGUAACAAUAUUUCAGAUGCUACAGAAACAGAAUGUGUAACUGAUGAAUGUGGUACGACAUUGAUCGAAUCUCAUAAAGAAACCAUUGAAAGUAUGUAUAUAGAAGGGGGGAAUGGUGAUAGUCAAAAUAAUAAAGACGAAUCUGGAGAAAUCAAUAGCAAUAGCAUAUCAAAUCAUACAUGCCUUACAGUAGUGAGAGAGUUCCAUAAAGAAUAUUAUCAUGAGGGUGAUAGUAAAAUAAAAAAUAAAAGACAAAUUGACAAGCAAAAAGAUACUGGCAUGACAUUGGGUAAUAUAAAGUUGCCUUUGAUGAAAAAAGCCAGAGGAAGACCCAAAAAUAUUGAUGUUACUGCUAUUGGCAUAAAAAGAAUUCAAAAAUUAAAGAGGCACCAAUUAUUUGUUAACAAACGUUUAUUCCAAAGACAGCAAUUAAUGUUGGAAUGUUUCCUUCAAAAAGAUAAAAUAAAACAAAUAAUGUAUAAUAACGAACUUAUAACAGAGACCUACAUUUCCGAUUUGUUACCUGACAAAAUUAAUUGUAUGUUGUUUGAAGACAGAGUACAAAUAAACGAAAUUCAACAGUUUUCUACGGCGAAAGCAUUCAAACAGUUUCAAGAAUUGCUAAAAAUACGGAAAACUAUUAAAAACUAUUUUUGA